GGAUCAAGCUCCAAACACGGCGAACAAGACACCUACACUAACGAUGGCGGAGGAGAGCAAGCUGGACUUUUCAUGGCUUCCCCAGGGAACGGAAGCGCUAGCUGAUGGCGAGUACGAUGUGAUCGUACUGGGAACGGGCCUGAAGGAAUGCAUCCUCAGUGGAUUGCUGGCUGUGAAUGGGAAGAAGGUGCUCGUGGUGGAUCGCAACCCGUACUACGGCGGUGAGUGCGCGUCUCCCAACCUCACGAACCUGUACAAGAAGUUUAAGCCCGACCAGGAGCCACGCACCGAUCUGGGCGCCGACCGCGACUACAACGUGGAUCUUGUGCCCAAGUUCAUCAUGGCCUGCGGUAAACUCGUCAAGAUGCUGCUGCACACCAAGGUGACGCGUUAUCUCGAGUUCAAGAACGUGGACGGUAGCUACGUUGUCAAGGGUGGACGUACCUACAAGGUUCCUGCCACGGGCGAGGAGGCACUGCGCUCGUCGCUUAUGGGGAUGUUCGAGAAGCGAAAGUUCCGCAAGCUCAUAAUGUACAUCUACAACUACGAGGAGAACGAUCCCACGACGUACGAGGGCAUGGAUCUGUUCACUCAGCCCAUGAGUGAGCUCUUCGAGAAAUACGGUGUGGACGCCAACACGCAGAGCUUCAUGGGUCACGCUAUGGCCCUCAUGCGCGACGAGUCGUACCACAAGCGCCCCGCCAUUGAGACGGUGCGCGCCAUCAAGUUGUACGCGUACUCGCUGGAGCGCUACGGCAAGUCCCCGUACAUCUACCCUCUGUACGGUCUGGGCGGCUUGCCCGAGAGCUUCUCGCGUCUCUGUGCUAUCAACGGCGGCACGUUCAUGCUCAACCGAGGAGUGGAUGAGAUCUUGUCCGACAAGGACGGCCAGGCUUGGGGUAUUAAGUGCGACAACGAAGUGGCCAAGGCCAAGCUGGUGAUUGGAGACCCGUCGUACUUCCCCGAGCAGAAGGUGCGCAAGACUGGCGUGGCUGUGCGCUCCAUCUUCAUUCUGAACCACCCGGUCCCCAACUCGAACGACGCCGAGUCACUGCAGAUCAUUAUUCCUGCCGCCCAAGCCAACCGCAACAACGACAUCUACGUUGCUGUGGUGUCGUCUACCCACUGCGUCGCACCGCAGGGCAUUUAUAUCGCCAUUGUGAGUACGCUGGCCGAGACGUCGGUGCCCCUGCAGGAGUUGGAGCCUGGUGUUAAGCUUUUGGGCCCGUACCUGGAGCGCUUCGACGCCAUCACGGACAUGUUCGAGCCCGUAUCGGACGGCAAGGAGGAUAACUGCUUCAUCAGUUCUUCGUACGACCCCACGAGCCACUUCGAGACCACGUCGGAGGACGUGCUGGACUUGUACAAGCGCAUCACAGGCGAAGAUCUCGACAUGAACAUCAACGCCGACUCGACCGAUGUGGAUCAGUGAAAGACAGAGCUGAGUGAACAGGAGGUUGGGUGGGAAGCGAGAGCUGUGUAGUUGCACGCAACAAAUCGAUAUAUCAACCAAGCUGCUUGGGUUUCUUU